AUGUUGCGGCUCCUCCUCCGCGGGACCGCGGCGGCAAACUCGAAGGGUAAGAUGGCGGCGGAGAGUCUGUUCAACCGGCCGGUGUGCGUGCAAGUGAGGUGCCAGGGCUGCGAGGAGAGGAGAUUAAAUGUUCGAGUGAAUAUUGAGCUACUGUCAAUUUCUAAUCCUGUUCAUAAAAAGGAUUUAGCUGUUCGAUUGACUGAUGAUACUGAUCCUUUUUUCCUUUAUAACCUUGUCAUAUCUGAGGAGGACUUUCAAAGUUUAAAAUCCCAGCAGGGUCUCUUGGUGGACUUCUCUGCUUUCCCACAAAAAUUUAUAGACCUGCUUCAGCAAUGCAUUCAGGAACAGAACAAAGAUAUCCCAAGGUUUUUGUUGCAGUUAGUUUCUUCAGCACCUGUUCUCGAUCACACACCUGUCUCUUUAAAUGUAGUGGAGACCAACCCUUUUAAACAUCUUACCCAUCUCUCUCUAAAAUUCCUACCAGGAAAUGAUGCAGAAAUAAAGAAGUUUUUAGCCAGCUGUUUGAAAUGCCUUAAGGAAGACAAAAUGAUGUUGGAAGAAAAGCUUAGAAAAACUGAAGAGAAUCUUAGCAGACAACUGAGCUACACUCAGCAGAACUUGUCAGAGAAGAGCCGAGAACUAGACAAACUGAAAAAUGAAUGGACAUCCUACACUACUGCUCUAACGAACAAACACACACAGGAGCUGACAAAUGAGAAGGAAAGAGCUCUCCAGGCACAAGCUCAGUACCAGCAACAGCAUGAACAACAGAAAAAGGAAUUAGAAAAUCUGCAUCAGAAGAGUAUUCAACAGUUGCAGAACAGACUCUCGGAACUCGAGGUCAUCAAUAAAGAUCUAACAGAAAGGAGAUACAAAGGAGACUCCACAGUCAGAGAACUGAAAGCAAAGCUUUCUGGAAUAGAGGAUGAGUGUCAAAGAACAAAGCAGGAGGUGCUGUCGCUGCGUCGGGAGAACACUACUCUGGAUGCUGAAUGUCAUGAAAAAGAGAAGCUCAUUAAUCAGCUACAGACACGGGUUGCGGUUCUGGAACAAGAGAUCAAAGAUAAAGAUCAGCUAGUUAUCAGAACAAAAGAAGUAUUAGAUGCGACACAAGAACAAAAGGUGAUACUGGAAGAAAGUACAGAGAAAAAACAAAGUCAUAUUGAAAAGCUGGAGACAACAAUUAAGUCGCUGUCGGCUGAACUUCUUAAGGCUAAUGAAAUUAUCAAGAAGCUACAAGGAGAUUUGAAAACUCUAAUGAGUAAAUUAAAAUUGAAAAAUACAGUAACAAUUCAACAGGAAAAGCUAUUGGCAGAAAAAGAGGAGAGACUUCAAAAAGAGCAGAGAGAAUUGCAGGAGACAGGACAAUCUCUGCGAAUGAAAGAGCAGGAGGUUUGCAAGCUGCAAGAACAGCUGGAAACAACAAUACAAAAGCUAGAAGAAAGUAAGCAGCUACUGAAAACCAAUGAAAACGUUAUCACAUGGUUAAACAAACAGCUGAAUGAAAUUCAGAUGGCCAAGAAGCUGGAGCCUUCUGCCCCGACGCAUGGUGCUGUUAGGAGUGUCCUGUCACCUCACGGCUUGCCCGACCGACCAUCCUUUCCCAGCCCAGGAAUCAAUCAUCCCCUUUCUCCCCUGUAUGCCUUCCAGAACUUGGGGGAACCAGCGCACAACAGAACCGUCAGUUCACAAUAUCCAGUACCAAAGGUGCAGUGUAACACACAGCUUUCUAAAAUGAAUCCAUGUUCCAGUGUUCAGACGGUGGCUGCUGCAAGUAGCCAUCCAGCAAAUAAGGAGAAUGGUGAUAAUUUGGGGCUGGAAUCAAAGUAUUUCAAGAAAAAAGAUGACAGCAUUCCUUUAAGAGGGCUUAGUCAAAAUACACUGAACUCAGAGUAUCUGAAACCCUACUUAGCAACAAAAGCCCAACCAUCACCAAAAGCUGCAGUAACACCAGCCUCGGCUUAUUUUCCUGGAUAGUAGGCAGGGUGCUUAAAAAGAGGCUGCUUUUAACUAUUUGGGGGAUUUGUGGAUGUCCUGCAAUGAUGUAUUGGUAAAGUAUCAAUGUGAACUCUCAGAAUUUUCUAAGUCUGAAUUUGUUUUCUUUGAGAAAGAUAUCUUGACUGACUUGUAUGACUUUUCAGGAUACUCAAGCCUAAAGAAAAGAUAAAGCUUUAAACAGCCUCAGGCUUAGUGGGGCCAGUGUCAUAGUUAAGCCAAAGGGGCAGUGCUGAAUUUUCUCUCGGAGUAUUGGAGACCCUGUAUUCUUCCUAAAACCCCUGCAGCACACUGAGUGUUUUGUUCUAGGAGCCGAUGAGAUGCAGGUUAGAUAGGUUUCCCUUCUCCUUUCAGAGAAGGAUGAUGCCAACAGCAAGUGCUGCAGAGCAGGCUGAGGCUGUUGAUUUUAACAAUGGUCAAGCUCUUAAGUUGGCACAACUGCCUCCCUGAUCCUCCCUUGCAGUUUUAAUUUUAGAACCUGCUUAAUUUUGCAACCAGCUUAUUUGAAUUGCAUACAGACUUACAAAUGUAUUUAAUAUUAAAGAUGCCAAAUUAUUUCCUCAAAUGUAUAAAAUUAUAAUUUAAGAUGCUCACUCUUCAUCACCCUAAAUUUUCUAUUAAUCUGUCAGGAUCAUAUUCCACAGGCCACAUGCAUAAAAGGUUAUAAAGUGAAAUAGCUGAAAAUUUAACUAUUGAAAGUAUCACAUCUAAAAGCUACUUUAGUUUUACUAAUUAUACUUUACAACUGUAAGACUGUACAAAAAUUUAGGUUACUCUUAACACUCAACUUUAUUUAGGCAGACUGAGUCUAUUCAAUGUGUUUGACCUGGUUUCAAAUCAUGUGCCAUCUUUUAUUUGGUGCACUGGCAUGCAAGUAUUUGUAACAUUCAAAAUACACCUUUUUAAUGGCUAUUUACUUACAUUUGUUGUUAAAGAUAUUUCAGACCUUUUACUUUAGUUAUUUAACUGCAUCCAGAGGAUUGUAUAUUUAAGUGCUUUGUUUUGCAGUGCAAAAUGUGUAUAUUUGUUUAUAAAUCAGCACCAUGUCAAUGUAUAUUCAUUUGUUUUGGCAUGUGUAAGUUUCAAUGGUAAUAUUAAAUGGUUUUUAUCAAAA